UGGGUCCCUUCGGUAAUAGAAUAGCCAAUGUAAUUUGACACUUCAACUUACUGCGCUCUCUCCGAGUCUAUUCAGUUACUCACCCACUGACGUUGAGCCCAUUCUCAGUGGCCGUGAGGGGGGGAAGAUAUUUUAAAAAAACAAGAGCCGAAAUUUUACGAGGACUUUCUCCGCUUAAUAACCCGGGGCAGAAGACGUGAGGCGCUGAAGUGUUUCUCCUCCUGGUGUGUGAAUGGGUGGGGGGGGUCCUUUGUGGUGAGGAAUCAAGGAUCGAAGUCAACGCAGGAAAAGAGAACUGUGGUCACUUCAAAUGGAGAUUCAGAGACGGCACGAGCACAGCAUUCAGGUUGCAUACGGACAUAGCGCUCCAGUUUAAUGGCUGGCAGGUAGAAGGCCGAAGAGGGACAAUCAACAUGAACUCGAUUCCGUCGAUGGACAGACACAUACAGCAGACCAAUGACCGUCUGCUGUGUAUCAAACAGCACUUACAAAAUCCAGCAAAUUUCCAAACAGCAGCGACCGAGUUGCUGGACUGGUGUGGCGACCCCAGAGCCUUUCAGCGCCCCUUCGAGCAAAGCCUGAUGGGAUGCCUAACGGUGGUCAGCCGAGUAGCCGCACAGCAGGGCUACGACUUGGACUUGGGCUACCGGCUCCUGGCCGUGUGCGCUGCCAACAGGGACAAGUUCACUCCAAAAUCAGCAGCUCUUCUGUCCUCGUGGUGUGAGGAGCUGGGACGCCUCCUCCUCCUCCGUCACCAGAAGAACCGGCAGAACGAGCCUCCGGGAAAAGUGCCCAUGCAGCCCCCCAUGAGCUCCAUGAAGCCCGGCCUUUCACACGGCAGAGAUGGGUCUUUUCCCUAUGACUCAGUCCCCUGGCAACAGAACACCAAUCAGCCUCCAGGUUCGUUGUCGGUGGUUACGACCGUCUGGGGCGUGACCAACACGUCGCAGAGCCAGGUGUUGGGGAAUCCCAUGGUGAACAACAACAAUCCCAUGAACCCUGGGGGCAACCCUAUGGGCUCGGGUAUGCCUGGUAACAAUCCAGGGAUGAACUCUCCUCAGUUCCCUGGUCCUCAGCAGCAGUUCCCCAGCAAGGGCAACUCCAACCAGGGCUACAUGCAGCAGGGCAUGUACGGACGACCCAACUACCCUGGAGGAGGAGGCUUUGGUGGCAAUUACCCUGGAGGGCCUAACGCCGGACCUGGAGGAAUGGGCAUCCCGCAACACUCCCGUCCUCAGUCAGACUUCACCCAGCCUGCCGCGGCUGCUGCCGCUGCUGCAGUUGCUGCCGCUGCCGCCACGGCAACCGCCACUGCCACAGCGACUGUAGCUGCCAUGCAGGAAAACCAGAACAAAGACAUGAGCCAAUAUGGACCGAUGAGUUCCUCUUUCCAGAUGGGACCAAACCAGGCGUACAGCAGCCAGUUCAUGAACCAGCCAGGACCCCGCGGCCCUCCAUCCAACCCUGGGAACAUGGGCACUGGCAUGAAUGCAUCCAGCAUGAGCGGACCCCCCAUGGGAAUGAACCAGCCCAGGGGCCAAGGCAUGGGGCAUUUUGGGGCCCACGGCCAAAGGAUGCCCCAGCAAGGCUAUGCAGGACCCCGGCCUCAGGGCAUGGGUAUGCAGGGCAUGAAAAGGCCGUACCCAGGGGAGCCAAACUAUGGUGGGCAGCAGUAUGGACCAAACAGCCAGUUCCCUAACCAGCAGGGGCCGUACCCCACACAGAACCCCUCAAGGCCGCUGCCGUCCCCAAACUACCCUGGCCAGAGGAUGCCAGGACAGCAGCUGCAGGGACAAUACCCACCACCCAGUGGUGCCAUGGGCCAGUACUAUAAGCAAGAACCAUCUUUUAAUGGCCAAACAAAUAACUUCUCUGGGAGUGGAUAUCAGUACAGCCAGGGUACUAUGAAUGGGCCGCCCAGACCGGUGGGUAACUAUCCUCACUCCCCAGUGCCAGGCAACCCCACCCCUCCAAUGACACCAGGAAGUAACAUCCCUCCAUACCUGUCGCCAAACCAGGACGUGAAGCCCCCUUUCCCUCCUGACAUCAAACCAAAUAUCACUGCUCUCCCUCCCCCUCCAGCCAACCACAACGAGGAGCUGCGGCUAACGUUCCCAGUGCGAGACGGGGUGGUCCUAGAGCCCUUCAGGCUAGAGCACAACCUGGCUGUUAGCAACCACGUCUUCCACUUACGGCCCUCUGUACACCAGACGCUCAUGUGGAGAUCGGACCUGGAGCUGCAGUUUAAGUGCUACCACCACGAAGACCGUCAGAUGAACACCAACUGGCCGGCAUCUGUCCAAGUCAGCGUAAACGCCACACCGCUCACCAUCGAGCGGGGCGACAAUAAGACCUCCCACAAACCCCUGCACUUAAAACAAGUAUGCCAGCCAGGAAGGAACACGAUCCAGAUCACAGUCACUGCCUGCUGUUGUUCGCACUUGUUUGUGCUGCAGCUCGUCCAUAGGCCCUCAGUUCGCUCGGUGCUCCAGGGCUUACUGAAGAAGAGGCUUCUGCCUGCAGAACACUGCAUCACCAAAGUCAAGAGGAACUUCAGCAGCGUUGCAGCGUCGUCGGGGAACGCAGCGCUCAACGGCGAGGACGGCGUGGAGCAGACGGCCAUUAAGGUUUCCCUCAAAUGUCCAAUCACCUUCCGGCGAAUACAACUUCCAGCAAGAGGCCAUGACUGCAAACACGUUCAGUGUUUUGAUUUGGAAUCAUAUUUACAACUCAACUGUGAGCGGGGGACAUGGCGAUGUCCUGUAUGCAAUAAAACAGCGUUGUUAGAGGGACUCGAAGUGGACCAGUACAUGUGGGGAAUCUUAAAUGCCAUUCAAAACUCGGAGUUUGAGGAGGUGACCAUUGAUCCGACAUGUAGUUGGCGGCCGGUGGCUAUAAAAUCUGAUAUCCACAUCAAGGAGGAUCCAGAUGGACCGCUGGCCAAGAGGUUUAAGACUAUGAGCCCCAGCCAGAUGAUCAUGCCCAAUGUGAUGGAGAUGAUAGCUCAGCUCGGCCCCGGACCGUCACCGUACCCGUUGUUAUCUUCUCAGCAAGGGGGAAACAACAGUGAAUACAGCAGCCAAGGCAACAGCUACCCGGGACACGGGAACUUUGACUUCCCUCACGGCACGCCUGGUGGCACGUCGAUGAAUGAUUUCAUGCACGGUCCCCAGCUGUCUCACCCACCCGACAUGCCCAACAGCUUGAUGACUCAAGACAAGCCACUCUCACACAACAUGCCUGACUCAAUACCUCACUCUGCAGGCAAUGACCAGUCGCAUUGUCCUCUGCAGAGCUUACAUGCAUCUCCACACCCUGGGAGCCAAUCAGGACAGCAGCUACACCACAGCGGGCCUCCUCAGCCGUCACGACAAGCUCUGCCUCCUCAGCAACAACAACAACAGCAGCAGCAGCAGCACCAGCAGCAGCAGCAGCAGCAGCAACAGCAGCAGCAGCAGCAACAACAACAACAGCCGACCGGCCCCAACAACCAUCCCCACGGCGACCUGGCCUUCAACCCCUCCAGCAGUUUGGACAGCCAAGCAGGGUCGGACAUGCCUGAGCCAUCUUUAGACCUUCUUCCAGAACUCGCUAACCCAGAUGAGCUUUUGUCGUACCUGGAUCCACCAGACCUCCCCAGCAAUAGCAACGAUGACCUUCUAUCGCUCUUCGAAAACAACUGAGGCAAUUCAGACACACAUAAACUUUUCUGACUGUCUGCAGUUUCCCCGAGAACCCUGGGCGGUCGCUCAGUACUUGAUAAACACAAAGAUGCACUCCCUUUCUCUUCUUCCUCUUGUACAGUUUUCAUUGGCCAGCACAGAUUGACUGAAAGAGGUAAAAACUCCAAGACCAGGCAGGAUGCGGCCCCGCCCCUGGCGAUACUUAUGAACUGUGCAGCUGUACUCUGUUAUUUUUCUACGCCACACACAGGUGUGUAUGUGUGCACAUUAGGAACGUGUUGUAGCAUUUUUUUCUUCAUGUUUUGUUUCCUUUUGAGAAGAUAAAAGGACUUUAAUGUAUAAAACAGAAAAAUAGCUGUUAAAAACCUGCGCUAUCUGGCCAGUGAUAUGUUCAUAUUGUUAUUCCAGACUGAGAGGCCACAGCUUCCCGGUGUCACAGCUCCAUUCCCUGACUGGUCUGGUUAGCCGCGCUGUUUUGUCCACCACACAUCAUUUAAAAAGCACAAGAGAUUCUGGCAAUGCAAAAUGGAGAAAAAAAAAAUCUGUCUUUACGAAGGAAAAACUAAAUCAGUUGGAUCAGCCUAUGUCUGUCCUUUGGCAAAAAUGUUUUUAACAAAUUUUUUGCUCAACAUUUUAAAAAGAUUUUUGGGAACAAUCGGCUUCCACUUUGUCUACAAUUGUGAUACCUACAUAUUUUUGUCAAAAAGAGGUAUACCGACUUUUCAGUCCUGAGAGUUGAGUGGUGGAACGGAGAAGAUGUUUGGCCCCACUAAAACAAAGCAAAAAGUUUAUAUUGCGCAUCAAGAAUAGCAUACCUGGAUUUCGACAUAAUGUAUAGUUAUCGUCCUCCUGUGCAGAGGAGUGAUUUUAAUGCAAAGGUACAAUAUGACAAACCUGGGUUCCGGUGAAGCUCCGGCUGCGUUUAUUUCUUCCUGCAACGACUCCUUCCAAUGCCGUCUGCUCUGCGUAGGCCUCGGUGUUGCUCGUGUCAGCAAUUUUGCCACGACGCAUCUCUCUCCCCGUUAAAUGAUGUGCUGUUAAAGUAGUCUACAAAGUGCAUGUGUGCCAAGCCCUUGUCUAGUGCUGUUCCAAGUGGCAACAACAACAAAAAAAAGAUAGUGUGGUUUUUAUCCGUUGCUUUUUUUCACCGCUCUUUUUUUUGUUUGUACGUUUGUUUUUUUGGAUUUCCGUCAGAUUUAGUAUGAUUUAUUUAACACUAACAUUGAAGGGAUAAUGCUGAUAUCAGCAAUACAUGUAUCGUGUAUUUGCUGAAUAUACUGUAUUAUGUUUGUUUUCUCGUUGUUGUUUGCUGCAUAAUUUAACUAUCCAUAAAUCUUUUUUGGGAAACUGCUCAACAUCACCAAAGUUAGAGGGAUGAGAAUGGAGAGGUUUUGUGUUUGCUCGGUCCUGUGUAAAGACUGUGAGUGUGUGCGUAUGAGUGAGUGUGAGAUUGUGUGCGUGUGUUUCUAUUUGUGUGAUGGGAAGAAAUAUUGAUUUCAUAGAUAUAUGGGAGGACAAAGACAGUUUAUCCAUCACUGCUGUUCAAGAAGUGGUUUUUAAAGCAGUAUUGGUGCAGAUCUUUUGCCACAUUUUGUUUUCAAUUUCACUUUUUGAGGAGAGUGCUGUUCAGUAUGCAAAUGUAUUAUUUUUAAAAAAAAAAUGCUAUUGUACUGUAAAUAUCAUUGUGAAUAUUUUUGUAUCAUCUUGAUAAUGUGUGUCCUUUGAUCAUUAGUCGUCCGACCUAACAAGGUAUGCUCCCAGACGCCCAUCUAACCACUGACUUUGUUUGUAACCAGCAUACGACAGCUGUCUCGCCUCCUUGUUGUGGGGAGGCCAGUCCAAAUGUCUCAUAAGCUAUUUCCUGCAGGUCGCCGCCAUGCUUUCUAGUCACUUUCCUCCCAGUGCACUCUGUCUCACGCCUGUCCUUGAUAGGCAGGUGUCCCAUGUUUAUGUGCCCCCCCCCCCUUCCCUACAUCAGCUCACAGUGAUUGUGAAGCAUCAUUUCAGUUUUCAGAUGCCAAGCGCGGUUUGACGCAAUCUUUUCUUUUACGCUCCGAUGUAUUUGAUUGAAAAUGUUUACUGUUCAUCAUUUUAUGUUGACAUUUUAUCAGUGAUACUGAACAGUGAUGGUUUAAAAAAGAUGUGGUAUCGGCUGGCUUUGUAAUUAGUGAGCUAUGUGAAUAUCAUAAUUGUCAAUACACAGUGGUAUCACAACCCUAUUUUAAAGAAAUCCAUGAUAUUGUUUAUAUUUUUGUUAUAGAAAAUGUGGCUUUUUUAAAAGCAUGAGACCAUAUACAUUUUUAUCCCCUUUUUUUGUUUUUGGUAAAUUAUUUUGUACUGGUUUUCUUAUUAAUCUGUAAGGCUAGAAAUCCAAUUUCUUUCAACUGUAGAAUUGUGCUGAUUUAACCACCCUGGUUUUAUGUAAACAUUAUUUUAAGCGUCAUUUAAGAAAUAUUAUUUGUUCCAGUUCAGCACACUGACAUGUUGUUUCAUAUUUAUGUCACAAAGAGACAUCAAAUCGAAAAAGAUAAUCCCUCUUGUAACGAUACACUGCCACAUUUUCCUAUUUUAUUAUCAGAAUUGAAACUUUUGAUCAAUCCCAAUCCCUAUCAUUUCACCUUUUGCUCUCACUUUCAAGUGAGCCAAUUUGGUAAAAGGCAGCACCUCAAAUCUCUAGUUGCACAAUCACAUUUAUCUGGGGGAAGUUGUUUUUAAAAAAGGAAAAUAAAAAAUAAAAAAACAAUACAGAGAGAAAGGGCACGUUCAUCAUUGUGGCCUGGAAAGGAUGUUGAGGGCAAGGCUAGAUCAAACGUCCCAAGGAUGCCUGUAUAUAUGUAAAUGAAAAUAGAGACAUGUGAACAGAAAUUUAUUCAUUUUCCCUGGGAAUGUGCAUUGUUUCUUCAGAAUAAUAAAAAGCUUGCAACCCCUCUACUGGAAGUGGCUGAAUAUGGAAAAUUAAACUUGUUAGUUAGUGUCUGUGGGUAUCUCUCAGCAUUUUGUUCUCCCUAUGUAAUAUACUUUCGCCUCUUUUGUUUGGGGAACUGGGACAGCUAUGUUUCACAUGUAAUAUUUAGCCUGAGUGUUCUAGUCUGUCACCUGCAUACUCUUGAGGUGCUAAACUAAAAAAGGAAGAGAAAAAAAAAGGUUACAAAGAAAAUUGUUCGGAGGGGUGGGAGGAAGGCGGUGGGAGGGACGGGUCCAGAAGAUUGUAACCAAAUCCAUAGUUUGUACAAUUUUUUUAUAUCACGAGCAGUUGGAAAAAUCAUACAAUCUAAGGUGAUUCAUGCAAUGUGGCCAUUGUCUCUAUUGUGUACAUUGUGUGGACAAUCAUUUCAUAUUCUAAACUGGUCAGAAAAUAAAAGGAACUAAUUGUGAUUUUUAGUCUUGCAGAACUGUAUGUAGUUAGAUGAUGUGACAACCUAAUAUUUAUCUAAUAAAUAUGUAUUCAGAUGAUACCUGUA